CACACACACACACACACACACACACACACACACACACACACAAAAGCAAAUCUUAAAACUGGCCGAGUUUUUCUUAGUUCCUGUCCUGGGAUUGAAAUCAAUUUUCAUUUUAAAAUCACAAGAUGCUUCAUUCAAGAACAUCCGUUUUUAAAAUUUCUUUUUUGUAUAUGGGUGUUUUGUCUCCGUGUAUGUCUGUGCACUAUGUGUUUGCCUGGUGCCCAGGGAAGCCACAUCCCCUAGAACUGGAGUUACAGUUGUGAGCUACCACGUGGGUGCUGGGAAUUGAACCGAAGUCCUCUGAAAGAGCACUGAGCAGUCUCUCCAGCCGCGAACAUCAAUUUUUGAAAGGUCCCACUGUUAAGAUAAAUUGGUAAACCACUCCUAUGAAUAGUUUAGUUCUUGUGUUCCGAUUUUGUUUUUGUGUUAUUCUGUGUGCGUGCAUGUGCUGCAGCCCAGCACUUAAGUAGAGAUCCUAGGACAACUUCUGAGAGUCAGUUCUCUGCCCACCAUGUGGGUCCCAGGGAUAUCAAACUCAGACCAUCAGGCUUGGCAGCCUCGGGCACUAUUUUUCUCCCAUCAGAGCCCCCGGCCCUGAGACUAUAUAUAUAUAUAUAUUUUAGAUCAGUUUGUUUUCUGUGUAUAAGUGUUUUCCCUGCAUGUAUGUGUAGGUACCAUGCGUGUGCCUGGUGCCUGCAGGGUUCAGAGGGCGUCAGAUCUGGAAUUGGAGUUACUGGAUGGUUGUGAGCUACCAUGUGAGGGUUGGGAAUCGGACUCCGGUUCUCUGGAAAAGCAGCUAGUGCUCUGGACUCGGGUUCUUUGGGAAAGCAGCUAGUGCCCUUAGCUGUGGAGCUGAUUCUCCAAGCCCACAUUGAGGUGAGUUUUAGGAAACAAUGGAAAGUUGGAGAUGGGAAACCGAAACCUCGUGCUGUUGAGGGCAGCCGAGCGUUGCAGCCAGACCGGGAUUUGAACUCUUCAGCGACAGUGUGAUGGUGUCACUAAGGAACCUCAUUCUCCAGAUGGAACUAAUUAGCACGGGCGCUGCGGCGCUGCUGCUGUGAGGGUUACCUGAAAUGUAUGUGGAGUCCUUGGAACACAGUAGGUCCUCCACAGAAGGAAUCAAGGUUGAAAACGCCGUUUUUAAAAACAAUCUUUCUAGGUUGAGAAGCUACAGCCAAGAGAGGCCCAGAGGGCAAAGGGCCUACGGAAGAGAUGGGUGGUCUGCUCUCACAGCUAGUGUUCCGGGUGGCCCCCCACCUCACCCCGGAAGUGGAUGUUAAGGAAGAACACCUUAAAGCUAAAGGCGCCUACCCGUUUCCCUCUCUAGGAUGUAGGAUUGGGGGUAAUUUGUGAGGGAAUGGUAGAAAUUGUGGGUACCAUCAGAUGCGGGCAAGCCUGCCUAUAUACACACUGAUACCCAAGAACUCGGGCAACUUCACAGUCCCCUAUACUUUAUGACACACGCACACGUGACGGUCUCUAAGGAUGUCCACUGAGUCAGCUUGGCUGAGGCCUGCACGGGGCAUCACUUCCCUGUCCUCACCCGUGGAGGUGACCUGCAGGACUUGGCACUGGUCUUUUACACGCGCAAGCUCAGAAUCGGCGGGUGGCCGGGGCUCCUAGCACAGGCGCGGAACCGGCGGGUGGCCGGGGCUCCUAGCAACCGGCUGCCAGCCCGGACCGGGGGAGAGAGGAGGUCGCAAUGGACGAGCCAGCCAUCGCCAUCAACCCCUCCGCAGUACCAAGAGAAGACCUGGGGCGUGGAGAGCCGCUCGUCUCGACCUCGAAACAGAUCCGGAAGAGUUCAACUCUUGAUAGAGAAGGAUGGUGGAGGGUAACAUUAACGAAUACUCCAAUACCUGGCACUUACCACAUAAAGACUUUUAUUGAAGAGUCCCUAUUAAACCCAGUGAAAGCAACCUACAACUUUAAAAACGAAGGAAGGAAAAGGAUACCGCUAGUGCAGAGAAACGAUCCAGUCCCAACCGACCUCCCGCAUUACAAGCCUCCUGACUUCCUGGAGCUGUUGAAGAAGCAGAUGGCCUCCUACUCGUUCAAAGACCGCCCCCGGCCAAACCCCACCACACUGGUUGACAAAGACGAGUCACUCCAACUUUGCCCAGGACAGUACGAGAUACUCCCCGCACCUGUUGCCAAGAGUGCUUCCAGGAGCUUCGUAUUUCGUUCUGCGGUUCAAAGAUUCCCACCGAACUAUUUCACACCUCAUGAAGGCCCUGGACCAGGUGAAUAUAACUUAAAAGCACCCUCAGUGGGCUGCAUCACUUCUUGUUUUCGAUCUAAGGUUCCCCGAUUCUUGCCUGUCGGCUCAAAAACGCCGGGUCCAGGAGCAUACACAGCUUCAAGACAAUUCCCUAAGCAGUCCCCAACCAUUGCCAAAAUGGGUAGAGAGCACAGCCUUUUCUUCAAUAACACAAUUGGCUUUUAAAAUAAAAGAAUAUUGGUGCCAUGCUA